AUGGCUCUUCGAAGUGCCGCAUCGGGAGCGAAGGGCUCCUUGGCUGCCGGACCUGAGUACUACGAAGGGUCGAACCCGAACGGGCAUCAGUGGAUGCGCGUCGGCUGGAAAGAUCUCAAGGUCGGAGAUAUCGUGUCACUUUCAAGAGACGAAGACGUGCCAGCCGAUUUGGUUUUAUUGCAUGCUGACAGUCAAGAAGGAGUGGCCUAUGUCGACACGAUGGCCUUGGACGGCGAGACCAGUCUCAAAUCCAAGCAAAGGCCGGCAAAGCUUCCUGAUUGUGGUACGAUCGAACAAAUCGCCUCCUCCAACGCUGAGUUACUUGCUGAGGACCCCAACGCGGAUCUUUAUCGUUUCGACAGCAAGCUCACAGUAGACGGCUUCACAAUACCACUCACCAUCAAUGAGGUCAUUUAUCGAGGGAGCACAAUACGCAACACGACAAAAGUUAUCGGGGUUAUCAUCAACACAGGGGAGGAAUGUAAAAUCAGGUUGAACUCGAACAAGGAGACAAAGCCUAAGCAGCCGGCGUUGGAGAGGAUCACCAACUUCAUUGUCGUGUUCCUGAUGUUCUACGUCCUUAUCAGCUCUGCUGCAACAUCAAUGGGUUAUCUUGCUUGGAAAGGCUCUGAGGAGGGCCACGCUUGGUAUUUGUCUGCCGCCUCGGUUCCCUUUGCGGACAUCUUUGUGGGCUUCAUCAUCAUGUUCAACAACGUCAUUCCGCUGUCCCUUUAUGUCGGGCUUGAGGCCACCAAGCUAGGCCAAAUGACACUCAUCAGUAACGACUUGGAGGUGUACCACGAUGAAACAGACACCCCUGCAGGAGUGAACACGACCAACAACCUAGACGAUCUUGGCCAGAUCAGUUAUGUCUUCAGUGACAAGACUGGAACCCUGACGGAGAACAUCAUGAAGCUUCGGAGGCUCAGCAUUGCUGGAACUAGCUGGCUUCAUCAGAUGGAUGUACCAGAGAGCUCGACAGCGAGUGCUGACUCGACUUCGAACUUGACCACUGAGCACAUGCUCGAGUACAUUCGGUCGAAGCCCAACUCUUUAUUCGCCUCUAAAGCCAUGAGGUACAUCUUGGCUAUGUCACUUUGCCAUACCUGUCUUCCGGAGAGAACUGAGGACAGAGAGAUUGACUUUCAAGCUUCUUCCCCUGAUGAGUUGGCCUUAGUCAGGGGUGCGCAGGAGCUCGGGUUCCUUGUCAUUCAGCGAUCAUCCCAGUCUAUCACGGUGCAGAUACCCCACGCCGACGGCAACAGCUCUUGCACUGUUUUUGAGAUCUUGGAUGUGAUUGAGUUCAGCAGCAAGCGCAAGCGGAUGACUGUGGUUCUUCGUUGUCCGGAUGGAAGACUGUGGCUCAUUUGCAAGGGGGCCGACUCUAUCGUCUUGCCCCGGUUGCGCAUGGCUCCCGCCGACAUGAAGAGGACCCGCAACAGCAACACUGAACCUCUCAAGGGUGUGACCUCAUUGCCAUCCCGUUGGAGUUCACGGCGGUCGAGACUUCCGGGUGAGACUGUUACUGAGAUCAGGGAGGAAGACGACUGCUCAGUUUAUAGUCAAACGUUGGGAGACGUCGACGAAUUCGGGAUUCGGCUCCAGCCACAGCGACCACAGAUCAACCCAGCACGUGGCAGACAGGUUGACCAAUCUCGUUUUGGUUUCCUGGAGGGGUCUUGGAUUGCCGACGAGGCUCGGAGCAUUCGCGAGUGUAUCGCUCAUAUUGACGACUACGCAACCGAGGGACUGCGCACUUUGGUCUACGCGGACAAGUUCCUCGAUCCAGAAGAGUACAACAACUGGAAAAGCCUCCACCAUGAAGCCGAGACCAGCCUUGUGAACCGUCAAGAACGCAUCGUGGAAGUGAGCGAGCUGCUCGAGCAGUCUCUUGAUCUCGUGGGAGCUUCUGCAGUGGAGGACAAGCUGCAGACUGGGGUACCGGAAACGAUUGAGAAGCUACGGCAGGCUAGGAUCAAGAUUUGGAUGCUCACUGGCGACAAACGAGAGACAGCGAUCAACAUCGCUCAUUCGACACGGAUUGUUGGUCCCGAUACUUCCCUCUUCGUACUCGACGUCGACGAGGGCGAUCUUGAGUUGCAACUUACCGGCAUUGCGGACGAGGUUCAAUAUGGUCUCCCGCAGGUGUACUCUGACCCGACUCGCUCGCAUACGGCAAUCGUAAUCGACGGCGAGACGUUGACCGCGAUUGAGGAUCCAUGCGCAGUCCAACUCCGUCGUCUGUUUGUCACAAUGAUUACCAAGGUCGACUCUGUCAUUUGCUGCCGUGCAUCGCCUGCCCAGAAAGCCCUGCUCGUUACUGAAAUUGGCAAAGGCCCGCAGAAGAAGUCACGAUGGUACAGUUGGCUGAGUCCGACCUCAACCAAGCCCCUGACUCUUGCUAUUGGCGACGGUGCCAACGACCUGGCCAUGAUCUCUGCUGCCAACGUCGGUGUAGGCAUCUCUGGCAGAGAGGGCCAACAGGCCGCUCGUGUCGCGGACUUUAGCAUCUCCCAGUUCCGGUACCUGUCUCGCCUGGUACUUGUUCACGGUCGUUGGAACUACUAUCGCACGACACGGUUCAUAUUGGCCACAUUCUGA